AUGGAGAGGAAGAGAGAGCAGGCAGCAGUAGAAGCAUGUCCGACUCGAGCGCUACAGGACUCAUCGGUAAUAAGGUAUUGUGUUGCUCUCUGUUGCUUUCUCUCUUUCUCUCUCUCUCUCUCUCUCUCGCUCUCUCUCUCUCUCUGUCUGUCUUUCCGUCUGCUCUCCGUUUCCACAAUCGGGUACCUCUCUUCUAAUCUAAUGCUCUAAUGCUCUUCUCCUCAUCACUCUCCUCCUAUCUCUCCUCUCCUCUGGUACCGCUCCCUCUCUCCUCUCUUCCGUGCUCUACCCCGCCUCAUGUUUUCAACGUGCUCUACCUACCUCAGCAGAAAGCCUGUUCUUGUUCACUCACUCCGUCAGCAUAACCCCCUCUCUUCCUCUCCUUUUCCCCUUCCUUCUUGGACAUACAGGAACAUUUUGUCUUUCCAUCUCACCUCUCUGGACUUUGCCUGCUCCACUUUAUACUUUGCAUGCUGCUGUUGCUAUCUUGUUUGAGAUAUUUUUGCUAAAUACUGAGUUUGGAAACUAUAAAAGGGUAUCAGUUCAGUUAAAAGAUAUAGAAUAGUACAAGUAUGGCAUGUCAUAAGAUAUUUGAUAUAUACAUUUUCAAACUAAAACGUGUUAUCUCAAUCAACAAAAACGUGGGUUUAGAAAAACAGAAUCUGAGUGACUGAAUGGAAAUAGGCCAUGAGUAUGUCUGAACUGUUAUUGGGGGGAAAGUGGUGUUGUUAUAAUCUAUACUGAGAGAGGCUGGCUCAACUCACUGACUGACUGACUGCUAUGUGUGGGGUGCCACCUCCUGGACAGACUAUGUUAUUGCUACUGCAUGUUGCUACCUCAUGUAUUAUUCGCUUUGGCCAAAAGAGUUGUUGCUGUCAGAGAAGAAUAAGUUAAAUGUGUGUGUCUGUGUGAGGGUGGUAACUACUGUCGGCUUGAUGUUGAGACACCAAGGUUCUGAAAACACUGUAGCACAGUCUACCCCUGCACAUUGACUCGGUACUGGUACCUCUUGUAUAUAGCCAAGUUAUUGUUACUUAUUGUGUCUUUUUUUCUUGUGUUAUUAUUUUUCUAUUAUUUCUCUUUUUUUCUCUCUGCAUUAUUGGGAAGGGCCAGUAAGUUAGAACUUCACUGAUAAGCUAAACCUGUUGUUUACGAAGCAUGUGACAAAUUUGAUUUGAUUUGAUUUGAUUUAUGUGAGUGUUUUACUGCUACUACCCAACGCCUGGGCUGUUAUGGUAGAGCACGCGCUCUCUCUCUCUCUCUCUCUCUCUCUCUCUCUCUCUCUCUCUCCUCUCUCUCUCUCUCUCUCUCUCUUUCUCUCACUUUCGCUCUCUCUACAACACCACAUAGAGACUGUGUGUUACAGCCACACCAACUGAAUGUCAUCCCCUUCUAGGAUCCUGUGUCUCUCCUAGUAUCACAUGACUGUAUUGAUCUGAUCUCAUUGUUGUGUGGUUGGCAGUGAGGUCUUAGGGUGAUCUUUUAAAGCCCUGGUAUGAGAUAUGGUGGAUGUUGCAGUGAUUGUUGUUAUAGGCUCAUGUUUCUUCGGAGGAGGAGAAGAAGAGGAGUUAAAGGUGUUGUCUCUUGCUUACAACAAUGUGUCUGCACUAGAGGUACAGUAGUCUUCAGAACAACACGCUGGCUCAAGUUUUGGAAAUGAUCUCAUUCAACUAGUGUCUGACAAUAAGGAGUUCUUGGCAAAAGUGAACAACAGGUUUUGUACUGCUCAGAUUCACAGACCAGAGAAGUGGAAAUUGGAAUAUUCUAAGACAGACAUAUUCUGAGAUUGUAAUAUUCUAUACUCUAGCUAUGAUGUCGGACUGUGAGACCAGGACAGUGUCAGAGAGAGAGGGCCUUCAUAUCCAUAGUCUAUCCCUCUCUCGCUCUACCCCUCUCCCCUCCUUUCCCUCCUCUCCGAUCCUCUUUCCUCUCUACUCCUCUCUCCUCCCCUCUCUCACACUCACACUCACUCUACUCUGAGGAAGCACUGGGUGGAACUUGACAGAAUCUGUCUGGUGUUCCAACUUUCUGCUACUGUAAAGAGAGCAGUGGCGUGUAUUCAUGGAUGCCAAGGGAAGCCAGGCCUCCCCCAAAAAUUUACAAAAAAUAAAAUGUAAAAAAAUAAAAUAAUGAAUUAAUUAGUCUCUCUGUGUUUUUAUAAUUUUCCUUCAAUUCGCAAGAGGCUGAAUGUAUCUCACAGAAGAAAUCAUCAGAGCGAGUGAAACAGCGCCCCUCUGUCUCUCAAUGUGUAGGCCAUCUAUCUGAUUCUGUCUGAUCCAAAUGAGUAUGAAAUUGUUGCCGCCCGUAGCCAAUCAACGUUGAGCUAAACUGAGCGAGCUCAACUGUGAAUGGUUCUGGCGCACCAAAAAAAAGUGUCCAGGGAAGCCAGCUUGGAUUUGGCUUCACUCCUAUCAAAUCCCAUUGAUAGGAUACAUCAUUGACAGAAAAACUUGAAUCUCGUUGUGUUGUUGUCCUCGGGUGGCUAGCUAGUCAGCUAGCAAAAAUUGGCCCUUCCCCAGUGAUUUUACCCACACACCGCUACUGAAAGAGAGAGACAGUAGUCUACAGUCAAAAAAUAAUUGAUACAUGAGUGGUGAUUGAUUGUGUAGAAGUAGAGCUGAUCUCAAAGUACUGUGUAGUAUUAUAUUGAUUACAUUCUUCUUUGCUCCCAGAGCCAUAUCUCUAUCUAGGGCUCUGUGUGUAGGGCCGGAUUACAGAUUACACACAGGGCCCCCAACCAAAAUAUGUAUAAAAUAUUUAUAUUUUUAUAUUUUUGGGGGGUUGGGGGCCCCCUGGAGGUCGGGCCCCCCAGAUAGCAUAUGAACAUGUCGGUUGGGGUCCCCCUAGAGGUCGGGCCCUCCCAGGUAGCAUAUACACACAUCAUAAGCCAUGGAAAAAUAUGUAGAAUUGCAGAAAAUUUGCUUUAGAACUGCAAAAACGUAUCUCAGCCUCGUGGCGAAAUGUAUAGAAUAGCAGAAAAAUGUGCUUUAAAACUGCAAAAUGUUCUCACAGCCUCAUGGCAAAAUGUGUAGAAUUGCAGGAAAUUAGCUCUAAAUCAGCACAUUUUUCUCUCAGCCUCAUGGCAAGAUGUGUCAAAUAACAUGAGAUUAGCUAUAGAACUGCAGGAGGUUAGCUGUUUUCCUUUUUUGGGGUGGGGGGCCCCCUGGAGGUAGGUGCCCUGGGGCACCAGAUGUGGUAGUCCGGCUCUGUCUGUAUGCUCCUUUUCCACAAAAAUGGAUACUGUUACUGGAAUAGUGUGAAGUCAAGCGUGUGUUUGCUGUGUUUUCUUCAUACAUAUCCAUGUAUCUUCAAUGGGAAUUCAUAAUUCAUUAACUAAGCCUAUGGUAUGAUGCAUAGACUGAGGGCAUUACACCUGCAUGCAGAAAGACAUCUAAUGUGAAACACAUGCAACCAUUUACUGUAUUAGUCACUCCCAUCCACAGCACUACUAAUCAUUAUCAUAAGGCAUUAUAAAGGCUCAUAAAUGCUUAUAACAAGUUAUAAAGCAUUAGUAUAGAUGAUAUGUUAAAACAAUAUAUUUUUCAGUGUAUUAUGUAUUAGUCUCAUCCGCAGCAUUACUAACCAAACUGAACUAGAGUCUUUCUUGUUAAUUCUGCUUUGUUUCUUCCUGUGGUCUAAGUAUCUUUAGAUGCCAGCCCCUUCGGCACGCUUUGAUAUUUUAAUGAUAUCCACACUGUGCUCUGGAUCGCUGAAUCCAGCCUUGUGCCCAAAUGAUUUUGGGACGAGGGGAUGGGGAGAGAAGGGAGGAGACAGGUGAAAAAAGAGAAAAGCUGUUCUCUGUAUCGAGCCUGCAGAAAUGAUUUGGGAGAGGGUAAAGGGAGGGAAGAAGGAAGAGGGAGGGGUGGAGAAAAAAGAGAGAGACAGGUGAUAAAAGAGAAGGCUGCCUGCUGCUGUGCCAUUGUUAUUGAGCUAUAUUUGGAGCUAUAUUUGGCAGUGGUGUGUGGGUGUGUAUGUGUAUCAGUCUGGCAUGUGAGGAGUCUUCCUCUGGUGUGUGUGGGCCAGCUGGGACUGAAAGCAGACGGGGAUUGGAAACCGGUGACGGUGAGUGUACAACAUGUUGGGUUUAGGACUGACUGAGGAGGGGGAGUAUUUUUACCCAUGACAGGAUUGUCUGACAGUGAGCUGAUACGAUGAGGCAAUUAGUGUCUUCUACUGUAGAUGGGAUGCACUUCCUUUUACCAGGUUUCUUUCCGAAAGUGUUGAGAUAUUUUAAUAACUUGAUACAUACCCUGGUUAUGCUGUUCAUGUCUUCAAAGUUAUGGCUUUGAUUGUGUGGUGACUUACUUUUGGGGGCGAUAUGAACUUGAUAAUACUGUUUAGUUUAGAAGAUACAGUAUGUUCAGAAUAGUGUGUACUCCUUUGCGGCAAAAUGUGGUUGCAGCAUCUGUUGCAGCACAAUCUACGGUAGACUUACUGUACAUGCUACAAGGUUUCCCUUGAUUCAGUUCAGUAACUAAACAUUGGAACACUACCAUAUGUACUGCAUGUUGUUGCAGUGCUCGCCUCACACACAUGCUCCCCAGAGAGGACUGCUUUGGAAAGCACUAGCAGGAACUGAACAGGAACUGGAACUGCCAGUCCCAGCUAGGCAGGUCACAUGAGUCCAGGGCCAGGGCCAGGGCUAGGCCAGACAGGUACCUGCAGUAGGUAAAGAGACAGAACGCGCUCAUCUCAGGUACUGGAGAAGGGAGUCCACAUAAAGCCAUCUGAUGUGAAUUAAUGGGUGACACAGAGAGCUUGGAUUUGAAUGAUAGAAACGUUGUCAGUCAUACAGUCGAAGUAAGUGUUUUUAGAUCAAGUAUCACGCUAUUUUGACUUAUAUUCUCUUGGUCGUUGCUAUUUACGGGAAAUGGGUCCUGUGUGGUGUGGUGUUUCUAACCUCCCUGUAGGCUGAUUCUUUCGUUCUUCUUCUGUAAGUGUUAUAUGGAGGCCAAUUAAAUGGUGGUCCGAUUUUAUUUUGAUGUCCAUAAUAUAUAACUAUGGAGAUAGUCAACUGGAUGUCACUUUAUAUCUGAUUCGGCCAUUGUUCACAAAAAAUCUCUCUCUCUCUCUCUCUCUCUCUCUCUCUCUCUCUCUCUCUCUCUCUCUCUCUCUCUCUCUCUCUCUCUCUCUCUCUCUCCCUCACUCUAGGGUUCAGCCGAUUCCUACACUAGUAGACCCUCGAAUUCCGACGUGUCCCUGGAGGACGACCCCGAGGCGUCUCGGCUUGAAGCCGAGCGCCAGGCCCAACUGCAGCUGGAGAGAGCCAAGGUAGGCAACCUCUCCUCCACCCGCUAGUCAUAGAGCCAAGGUAGGCAACCUCUCCUCCACACGCUAGUCAUAGAGCCAAGGUAGGCAACCUCUCCUCCACCCGCUAGUCAGAGAGCCAAGGUAGGCAACCUCUCCUCCACCCGCUAGUCAUAGAGCCAAGGUAGGCAACCUCUCCUCCACCCGCUAGUCAGAGAGCCAAGGUAGGCAACCUCUCCUCCACCCGCUAGUCAUAGAGCCAAGGUAAGCAACCUCUCCUCCACCCGCUAGUCAUAGAGCCAAGGUAGGCAAUCUCUCCUCCACCCGCUAGUCAUUGAGCCAAGGUAGGCAACCUCUCCUCCACCCGCUAGUCAUUGAGCCAAGGUAGGCAACCUCUCCUCCACCCGCUAGUCAUAGAGCCAAGGUAGGCAACCUCUCCUCCACCCGCUAGUCAGAGAGCCAAGGUUAGUAGAGUUAGUAAGCAGAGUCAGGAGUUUAGUUAGUGAAUUAGCUUGAAGCCAAACGUCAGGCCCAACUGCAGAUGGAGAGAGCUAAGGUGAAUUACCCUUCUUCAAGCUCUCUUCUCCCCUGCAACUAUUCCUCUGAUGUGUUCUCAAUGUGUUCUCAAGCAACUUAAAAUAAGGGUUAAAUAUAAAACAUUAAGCAGUUAUUCAGAUCCAGAGAGCCAAGGAGAGAUCCCCAUAGGAUGGAAUACUGUCAGGUCACAGCAUCCUUUCGUAAACACUUUUGUGUCUCUCUCUGUCCUCCCCAGUCGAAAACCGGUAGCAUUUGCAGUGAAGACCAAUGUGAGUUACUGUGGGGCUCUAGAUGGGGACUGUCCAGUCCAAGGUGCUGCUAUCAACUUUGAAACCAAAGACUUUCUACAUAUAAAAGAGGUGAGUGGAGUUCCGUAUGCAUCAUCCUCAACAAUCCCUGUCACUAUAUCACUAUCACGUCAUCCAUCCAUUAUCUCCACUCUAAUUACAUUUAUUUUCAUAGUUGUUACAGUUAUCUUAACCAGUAGCUAUUGUAACCUAGUCCUUACACAUUGACAACAUGUAAGACCAUAACUACGACAGGUAUCUCUUUCUCUUCAGUUACUAAGACAUUAGCCACAUGAACCCCUGCUGCCAUAUUGUUGGAACAGCAUUGACAGCCGUUUCAUUUUGACUUGACUGAUGUCCAUUUUGUCUCUUUGUCUGCAGAAAUACAGCAAUGACUGGUGGAUCGGUCGGCUGGUGAAGGAGGGGGCGGACAUCACAUUCAUCCCCAGCCCGGUGAAACUGGAGGCCAUGCGGAUCAAACAGGAACAAAAACAGGCACAGAGGUUAGGGUUCAUCCUCUCUCAUACAGUGCAUUCGGAAAGUAUUCAGACCCCUUGACUUUUUCCACAUUUUGUUACAUUACAACCUUAUUCUAAAAUAGAUUAAAUUGUUUUUUCCCCCUCAUCAACCUAGAAACAAUACCCCAUAAUGACAAAGCAAAAAAUAUAAAAAACAGAAAUAUCACAUUUGCAUAAGUAUUCAGACCCUUUACUCAGUACUUUGUUGAAGAACCUUUGGCAGCGAUUACAGCAUCGAGUCUUCUUGGGUAUGACACUACAAGCUUGGCACACCUGUAUUUGGGGAGUUUCUCCCAUUCUUCUCUGCAGAUCCUCUCAAGCUCUGUCAGGUUGGAUGGGGAGCGUCGCUGCACAGCUAUUUACAGGUCUCUCCAGAGAUGUUUGAUCGGGUUCAAGUCUGGGCUCUGGCUGGCCCACUCAAGGACAUUCAGAGACUUGUCCCGAAGCCACUCCUGCGUUGUCUUGGCUGUGUGCUUAGGGUCGUUGUCCUGUUGGAAGGGGAACCUUUGCCCCAGUCUGAGGUCCUGAGCACUCUGGAGCAGGUUUUCAUCAAGGAUCUCUCUGUACUUUGCUCUGUUCAUCUUUCCCUCGAUCCUGACUAGUCUCCCAGUCCCUGCAGCUGAAAAACAUCCCCACAGCAUGAUGCUGCCACCACCAAGCUUCACCAUGGGGAUGGUGCCAGGUUUCCUCCAGACGUGACGCUUGGCAUUCAGGCCAAAGAGUUCAAUCUUGGUUUCAUCAGACCAGAGGAUCUUGUUUCUCAUGGUCUAAGAGUCCUUUAGGUGCCUUUUGGCAAACUCCAAGCGGGCUGUCAUGUACAUUUUACUGAGGAGUGGCUGCCGCCUGGCUUCCGUCUGGCCACCUGAUUGGUGGAGUGCUGCAGAGAUGGAUGUCCUUCUUGAGCUCUGUCAGAGUGACCAUCGGGUUCUUGGUCACCUCCCUGACCAAGUCCCUUCUCCCCAAUUGCUCAGUUUGGCCGGGCGGCCAGCUCUAGGAAGAGUCUUGGUGGUUCCAAACGUCUUCCAUUUAAGAAUGAUGGAGGUCACUGUGUUCUUGAGGAUCUUCAAUGCUGCAGAAUGUUUUUUGGUACCCUUCCCCAGAUCUGUGCCUUGACACAAUUUUGCUCUGACAUGCACUGUCAACUGUGGGACCUUAUAUAGACAGGUGUGUGGCUUUCCAAAUCAUGUCCAAUCAAUAUAAUUUACCACAGGUGGACUCCAAUCAAUGGAAACAGGAUGCACCUGAGCUCAAUUUCGAGUCUCAUAGCAAACGGUCUGAAUACUUAUGUAAAUAAGGUAUUUCAGUUUUUUUAAAUACAUUUGCAAAAAGUUCUAAAAACCUGUUUUCGCUUUGUCAUUAUGGGGUUUGUGUGUAGAUUGAUGAGGAUUUAAAAAAACUAUUUUAGAAUAAGGCUGUAACGUAACAAAAUGUGGAAAAGGGGAAGGGGUCUGAAUACCUUCCGAAUGCAUCCCCUUGCUACAUCCAAAGUCUCUUUCUCAGUAGUCUUUCCUUGAUUCCUUGUGUCCUCUUCUCCUACCCUCUCCAUGCCUCCUCCUCAAAACAUCAGCAAAUGUCCUUGAAUGUCAGCGGGAAGCACAGUUGGUAGCUCAGUUGGUAGAGCAUGGUGAUUGCAAUGCCAGGAUAGUGGGUUCAAUUCAUGGGACUACCCUUAGGUAAAAUGAAUGCACGCAUGAUGUAAGUCGCUUUGGCUAAAAGCGUCUGCUAAAUGGCAUAUAUUUAUUAUAUUAUGUUAAGCAAGGAGAGGAUUCAAGGAAAGAUAACACUGCUUGUAUAGUCCUUGAAUCCUCAUCUUGUUCUCAUGCACCAUGUUGUUGUCCUAUAGGAAAGCAGCGAACACAUCGUCCGGCUGGAGGUCAACACCACCAUCUGCAGGUGAGUGACUGCUGUGGGUGAUUGACCUCCCGCUUCUUUCUCAUACCAGAUUUAUGUAAAGUGAUGCCAAAGAAAAAUGUCCAUCAUGGAUGGACAAUAAAAUCCUAUACUAUUCUAUGUAGCAAAGCCUGUUUAUUCGUUAGAAUCAACCAUGUGCAGUAUCCAGAGUUGAGGCCGUCUCCAUUUGAAUUAAGUCAAUUUAGGAAGGAUGCUGAAAUUCAGAUUCCAACCCUGAUAGUGUUGCUGCUUUUUACUGGAUGAAUGGGGCUUAAAGGGAGCCGCAGGAUAUCCUAUUUUCAGACACUAUACCAUCUGCUCUCCAUAAAUAGACAUGCGUAUUAGCUUUCAUGCUAAAUCUGUUUUCUCUUGUUUUUACAAGCCAAACAGAAGCAAAAGCAGGUAUGUUGGUAAUGCAGGUUAUUCUACUGUGUGUCAGAUCUAGUAAUAACUAGAAAAUUAAAAUACUCUACUCCACUGUCUUUUGUUCUUAUUUGAUUACACGUUGGUAGAUGCUAGUCUCAAUGACUGGGGGGUUAAAACUCAGGGCUCUAGUAUGCUCUUUAAAGUAUAUGUUGUUCCAAGCCCAGUGUAUGUGUCUCCUGUUUAGACAGAACAUCUCCCACCCUAUGAUGUUGUUCCCUCCAUGAGGCCGGUUGUAUUGGUGGGGCCCUCCCUGAAAGGCUAUGAGGUGAGAAGCUGGUCGAUACACACGCACGCAAGUACGCACGCACACACACACACGCAUACACACCCGCACAGAGACGCAAAAGUAUGCAUGCACACGCACACAGACAGAGACACACAUGCACAUACACACACACACACACACACAAACUUCCCUUCCAUUAGCCCAUUAGGCCAACCCCAUAAACGUAUUAUGAUCAAAUUACACUACAUUAUGAUAUAGUAACAUUAUGAAUCAUGUGCUGCCCACUCACAAUCACAUAGAAAAUCACCAAGUAGCCUAUGUGUUAUUGUCAGGACUUCCUUCGAAGCUACCUCCUCUCCUUGUUCGGGCAGGCUUCGGCGUUCGUCAUCACCGGCCUUCUAGCCACUGCCGCUCCUCAUCUCAUCAUUCCAUUUGUUUUGUCUUGUUUUUACACACACCUGGUUCAUAUCCCCUCAUCAGUACCUGUAUAAGUAUUCCCUCUGCCCCCCAUGUCUUUGUGUGGGUAGGGUUCGGGUGAACUUGUGGAGUUGCGUCGUGUUGUCAAAAAUAAUUUGCUCGGCGAGGAGAAUUUGCAAGGUGCUGAGGGGGAACUGCCAAAUGGGAGAGCCUCGUAAAUGGCGUCCCUUGAGAAAGCAAGAAACAGAUGUGUAUCAGGAGAAGUGCAGUAUUAUCAUAAGGAGACGUAUACUUGGAUGACGGAGGAGGAAUGGAGGGAAAAAGAGAGGCAGAGGAGGUCUAAGAGAGAGAGGGAGGAAGAGGGUGAGCUUGAGUCAGUAAAAAAUGGUGGAAAAAAGGGACAAGGUUUGUUAAAGAAGAAUGGUAGAAAAUGUAAGCAAAGUGAGCUGAAGACAGGAGGAGAAAUGGAAGUGAAUGAGGGUGUAGUAUCGGAGCCCGAGGCUUGCACAGAGGGUCAAGAUAAAGAUGAGUCUGUAACAGUAGGAGUGAAGUUGUUAGAAAAAGUGGACCCUUGCCUUUUGGCUGAUCCAUUUGUGGUUUCAGGAUGGGUGAAAAAAGCGUUGGGUAUAGUGGAAUCGGUGAGGGUAACCAGAAGUGGUCUAGUGAUAAUUGUUUGUGUUUCUGUUGGUCAGAGGGAGAAGGCGCUCAGAGUUAAACAAAUGGGGGAAAUAAUUGUGAAUUGUUUCGCUCUCAAGAAAAGGGCACCAUUGAAAGGAAUGAUUACUGGGGUAGCAGUAAAUGUAAAAGUUGACCAACUGAAGGGGAAGAUUCCCGGUGUUUGUGAUGCUCGUCAUUUGGUGCGACGCAAACAGGGUGGCGAGAGUGGGGAAACAGAAGAGUCAUUGUCUGUUCUUUUGAGUUUUGAAGUUGAGUCUUUGCCUGACAAAGUGAAGUUAGGAUAUAUAAGUUAUCCUGUACGAGCUUAUGUGCCGAAUACAUUACGAUGUUACAGGUGUCAAACUUAUGGGCAUGUGGCAGCAGUGUGUAGGAGGGAGGUUCCAAGGUGUGAGAAGUGUGUAGAAGGGCAUGAGACAAAGGAAUAUGUAGCAUUGGGGAAAGUAGUGGUAUGUGCUAAUUGUAGGGGUGCCCAUGGGGCUGGGGAUCAGAAAUGUCCCGUGCGAGAGACGCAGGUUGAGGUUUCCAGGGUAAGAGUAGUGAAGAAGUUGUCAUAUGCUGAGGCAGUGAAGAAAGUAGAGGAAGAUCGGUCAAGAGGGAAGAGUGGUGAGAGUAGUAGAUAUGUACCAGUACAGAGGGAUAGGCCAACAAGUGAUAUAUGUUUCAGUAAGAUUGGAUUUUUAGCAUUUAUAGCAAUGGUUAUUCAUUGUACUGCAGGGAUGGAACGUAAGUCGAAGAAAAUUGAGGUUGUGGUGGCAGCUGAAGAGAGGUAUUUGGGUGUGCGAGACUUGACAUCAGAAGAGUUACAGGGAGUGUUAAGUGGUGAUGUCCCAUCAUUUCAGUUGUACUCCAGUUUAGUAGGUGGCGGUAAUGCAACAAAUUGGAUGCCAACCGCCGUUAAACCUCAUCGAAGAAGAAGAAGAAGCUGUCUUUGUGUGUGAUUGUUUAUUGUGGAGGUGACGAUAGCUCGGUGGAGCUUUAUAUAUUUGUAUUGCCGGGAUAUUUUACCUGUGCUUUGUUUUCUCCAGUGCGCCGUUAUACCACACUGUAGUGUUUUACGCAUUUGCUGCGUACCGCUGUAUUUGCCGAAUAAACCAUUUAUUCUGUGAUUACCCCCUCCUGCGCCUGACUCCGUCCAAAUCACCCGCUACACUUAUACUGUACAUGCCCAAUACAGAAUACAAAAUAUGAUGUGUAGGCUGUGUAAGGGAUAUAAUGCAUGUUAUUUGACUGUAAUGAUACUGCAUGUUAUUUGACUGUAAUGAGCUUGACUUAGUUUGAGCCUAACAAACGAGUCUGCUCAACAAUAAGGCAUAUCAUUAGAUUAAAUCUCUCUCUGCUUUAACAUUUUCACUCUGCCUCUCUCUGCCUCUCUGCCACCCUCUCUCUCUCAUGUGUGACUGCGGCGGCUGAGAGCUGUUUGUUUUGUGUGUCUGUGAAAUAUUUAUGCAUUUCUCUUGUGAUGUGCUUUGGGGAUGCUCCGGAGGCAUACGUCAGCCAUUUCUCUCUCCCGCUUUCUCUCUCUCUCUCUCUCUCUCUCUCUCUCUCUCUCUCUCUCUCUCUCUCUCUCUCUCUCUCUCUCUCUCUCUCUCUCUCUCUCUCUCUCUCUCUCUCUCUCUCUCUCUCUCUCAAAUGUUCUUAACUAAGACAAAAUCAUUCAUAAUUGACUUUUUUUCUACACAACAUAGGUACAGCAGAUCCCCUUAUUGUAUGGGACACUUUUACAUGUACUUUUAGAGGCCAUUAAAUACAAUACUCAUCAUUAAAACAAAAGCAGUUUAGGUCAAAAGAGAUUAGACUAAUAAUGGAAAUAGAGGAACCAGGAAUUAAAAUUGAUUUUUGGGGGGUUUGUAUCAUUUGAUUUACACAACAUGCCUACCACUGAAGAUGCAAAAUAUAUUUGUUGUGAAACAAACAAGACUAAGACAAAAAAACUAAAACUUGAGCGUGCAUAACUAUUCACCUCCCCCAAAGUCAAUAAUUUGUAGAGCCACCUUUUGCAGCAAUUACAGCUGCAAGUCUCUUGGGGUAUGUCUCUAUAAGGUUGGCACAUCUAGCCACUGGGAUUUUUGCCCAUUCUUCAAGGCAAAACUGCUCCAGCUCUUUAAAGUUGGAUGGGUUCCGCUGGUAUACAGCAAUCUUUAAGUCAUACCACAGAUUCUCAAUUGGAUUGAGGUCUGGGCUUUGACUAGGCCAUUCCAAGACAUUUAAAUGUUUCCCCUUAAACCACUCGAGUGUUGCUUUAGCAGCAUGCUUAUGGUCAUUGUCCUGCUGGAAGGUGAACCUCCGUCCCAGUCUCAAAUCUCUGGAAGACUGAAACAGUUUUCCCUCAAGAAUUUCCCUGUAUUUAGUGCCAUCCAUGAUUCCUUCAAUUCUGACCAGUUUCCCAGUCCCUGCCGAUGAAAAACAUCCCCACAGCAUGAUGCUGCCACCACCAUGCUUCACCAUGCUUCACUGGUGUUCUCGGGGUGAUGAGAGGUGUUGGGUUUGUGCCAGACAUAGCGUUUUCCUUGAUGGCCAAAAAGCUCAAUUUUUGACUUAUCUGGCCAGAGUACCUUCUUCCAUAUGUUUUGGGAGUCUCCCACAUGCCUUUUGGCAAACACCGAACGUGUUUGCUUAUUUUUUUCUUUAAGCAAUGGCUAUUUCCUGGCCACUCUUCCGUAAAGCCCAGCUCUGUGGAGUGUAAGGCUUAAAGUGGUCCUAUGGACAGAUACUCCAAUCUCCGCUGUGGAGCUUUGCAGCUCCUUAUCUUUGGUCUCUUUGUUGCCUCUCUGAUUAAUGCCCUCCUUGCCUGGUCUGUGAGUUUUGGUGGGCGGCCCUCUCAUGGCAGGUUUGUUGUGGUGCCAUAUUCUUUCCAUUUUUUGAAUAAUGGAUUUAAUGGUGCUCCGUGGGAUGUUCAAAGUUUCCAACCCUGAUCUGUACUUCUCCACAACUUUGUCCCUGACCUGUUUGGAGAGCUCCUUGGUCUUCAUGGUGCCGCUUGCUUGGUGGUGCCCCUUGCUUAGUGGUGUUGCAGACUAUGGGGCCUUUCAGAACAGGUGUAUAUAUACUGAGAUCAUGUGACAGAUCAUGUGACACUUAGAUUUCACACAGGUGGACUUUAUUUAACUAAUUAUGUGUCACGAUCGUCUAUAAAGGGAGCAGACCAAUACGCAGCGCGUUGAGUGAACAUGAUGACUUUAAUAAAGAAAGCACGUAACUACAAAACAAAAGACGAUAGUGAAGUCCAACAGUGACAAAAUACUGAACCUGGAACAAAAACCACACCCAAGAAACUACAGAAAAAUAUGGCUAAUAGGAUAACGAGCGACAGUGACAUCGUUACUUGGAGUCAUGCCAACUGAGAAAGACCAUAGAAACACAACAACAAAAAACACCAGAACGGGCUGAACACACAAAGUCACAGCCAGAGGGACAUGGACUUUGAAGUAUUGGUGCACCAUUAUUCAGGCUUAUAGCAAGGGGUAAUCAAUGACAACCACUUUCGUUUAUUUUUUUAAUCCAUUCACAUAAUAACAUUAGGAAAAAUGCCAAAGGGGAUGAAUACUUUAGCAAGGCACUGUAGGGGAGAGUAAACAGAAGAUAGCCCUAUUUGGUAAAAGACCAAGUCCAUAUUAUGGCAAUAACAGCUCAAAUAAGAAAAGACAAAUGACAGUCCAUAAAUACUUUAAGAUAUGAAGGUCAGUCAAUACGGAACAUUUCAAGAACUUUGAACGUUUCUUCAAGUGCAGUCGCAAAAACCAUCAAGCGCUAUGAUGAAACUGGCUCUCAUGAGGACCACCACAGGAAUGGAAGACCCAGAGUUACCUCUGCUGCAGAGGAUAAGAUCAUUAGAGUUACCAGCCUCAGAAAUUGCAGCCCAAAUAAAUGCUUCACAGAGUUCAAGUAACAGACACAUCUCAACAUCAACUGUUCAGAGAGGACAGUGUGAAUCAGGCCUUCGUGGUUGAAUUGCUGCAAAGAAACCACCACUAAAGGACAAAUAAGAAGAAGAGACUUGCUUGGGCCAAGAAACACGAGCAAUGGACAUUAGACCGGUGGAAAUGUGUCCUUUGGUCUGGAGUCCAAAUUUGAGAUUUUUGGUUCCAACCACCGUGUCUUUGUGAGACACGUGUGGGUGAACGGACGAUCUCCGCAUGUGUAUUUCCCACCGUAAAGCAUGGAGGAGCAGGUGUGAUGGUGUGGGGGUGCUUUGCUGGUGACACUGUCAGUGAUUUAUUUAGAAUUCAAGGCACACUGAACCAGCAUGGCUACCACGGCAUUCUACAGCGAUCCGCCAUCCCAUCUGGUUUGGGCUUAGUGGGACUAUCAUUUGUUUUUCAACAGGACAAUGACCCAACACACCUCCAGGCUGUGUAAGGGCUAUUUGACCAAGAAGGAGAGUGAUGGAGUGCUGCAUCAGAUGACCUGGCCUCCAUAAUCCCCCGAUCUCAACCAAAUUGAGAUGGUUUGGGAUGAGUCAGACCGCAGAGUGAAGGAAAAGCUGCCAACAAGUGCUCAGCAUAUGUGGGAACUCCUUCAAGACUGUUGGAAAAGCAUUCCAGGUGAAGCUGGUUGAGAGAAUGCCAAGAGUGUGCAAAGCUGUCAUCAAGGCAAAGGGUGGCUAUUUUAAGAAUCUCAAAUAUAAAAUAUAUGUUGAUUUGUUUAACAGUUUUUUUUUACUACAUGAUUCCAUAUGUGUUAUUUCAUAGUUUUGAUGUCUUUACUAUUAUUCUACAAUGUAGAAAAUAGUCAAAAUAAAGAAAAACCAUUGGAUGAGUAGGUGUGUCCAAACAUUUAACUGGUACUGUGUAUAUGGGGCACACAACAAUCUCAGCUCUGUAGAUUUUGCUGCGAAGAGACAUAUUCACUAGAUCAUUUAUUCUGGUAUUGCCCCUAUGUAGCUUGUUUCUGGUCACAGGUUUAGGAAUGGUUAAAAAAACACAACAUUUACAUAAAAUUAACCUUACAAAAAGCAGUUUUAGGCGAUUUUGAAAGCCAUAUUCAAUCAAUCUCCCGAGUGGCGCAGCGGUCUAAGGCACUGCAUCUCAGUGCUUGAGGCGUCACUACAGACCCCCUGGUUCGAUUCCAGGCUGUAUCACAAACGGCCGUGAUUGGGAGUCCCAUAGGGCGGCGCACAAUUGGCCCAGCGUCGUCCGGGUUUGGCCGGUGUAGGCCGUCAUUGUAAAUAAGAAUUUGUUCUUAACUGACUUGCCUAGUUAAAUAAAGGUCAAAAAUAAUAAUAAAAUAGAAAAAAGGGAACAAAAUAAACAAAAACAAAAUAUUAAGGACAGAAAUAUCAAUAAUAUAAUAAUACUCGUCGGAAAGGUUUUCAUCUUUAGCUCACAAUCUGUGGAUACUAUGCAAUUAGAAAGGUUCAAAAUUAAUGUAAAACAUCACAGCACAAUUGACAAAUAUAUGGCACAUGGAAACCAAACGAGGGUGGUCUAUGGUGAUAGGUGGGAUGGGCUGAGAGUGGCUGAGGGGUGGGAUUAAAGAGUUUAUGUUCGGUAAUGUAUUAUUGUUAUGUGAUUGCUGUAUUUAAAAGUACCGUGUAUGUAAAAUGAAUGUAUACUGUAUGUAGCAGAAAAGCUGUUAAAACGUUUUAUUUAAAUAUGUGUGGCGGAUGGGUUAAUAAAAGAACACAUCCAGUUGACCAAUCAUAUGGUUCACUGCAGCUCUGCAGUCAGUGGGGGGUGGUAAGUGCGUUGGUGUGGUCAGGAGGGUGAUGUGUUCAGGAAGUGUCCAUGCACUCAGCAUUUGAAGGCCUGUAGACCAGUGUCUGUGAUGUCACCGAUAACGUGCUCUGGAAGACUAUGUGUAGGAAGCUUCUGUCCAGGGAGCGUGUUGUGGCGACUGGUAGUUUUGACUAGAUAGUAUACAGUUUAUGUCAGAAUUGACCAGAAUUGACUUUUCAUGGGAGGUUAGGAGAACUUACGCAGCAGGUUAGGAUAAUUAACGUAGCAGGUUAGGAUAAUUUGGAAAGGGGUGGGGGGGGGUACUAAGCUGACAUAUGGAAUUGUUUUAAGAUGGUCAUAGCAUGGAUCAUUUAGCUAUUUGAUUUUGAAUGUUAGCUAAAUUGUCAGAGGCGCUCUUGUAUUGUUAUAUCACCAAAAUGUCAAGAAUAAGGGCGCUAACAGGACGUCCAUUCUAAAACCUCAAUGACUCUGGCCAUGACCAUUCAGGGUUCAGUGCGCUCUACGUUCCUAACCAAUUAUCAUCCUCGCCUCUGUCUCCCAGGUAACGGACAUGAUGCAGAAGGCCCUGUUUGACUUCCUGAAACACAGGUUUGAUGGGAGGUGGGUACAGCCAGAACCACUACGGAAUAAGUUGUCAAAUUGUUUUGUGAAAAUCCUUGGUGAUUUUGAAUGCAGUGUAUCUGCUUGUGUGGCUGGAAUUGUAUUCUUAAAUAGUCAAAUUAAAUAGAAUCUAUCCAUUUACAUGUAUCAAUAUUUUCAGAAUCUCUAUCACGCGGGUGACUGCUGAUCUGUCAUUGGCUAAAAGGUCUGUACUGAACAAGAAGGCCAUCAUGGAAAGGUCCAAUGCACGCUCCAGUCUAGGUGAGUAGAGGAGGACUUGUCCUGCAUCCCUCAUCAGCUUUAAUUAGUGAAAUUCUGGAGCUUUCAAAUGUUCAUCUUCAUUUUGGGUCUGGAAUAACCCUCAGUCAGUCCUGAGUACAUCGUUUAGACAGUUGUGUUGAUGGUUGGACCGACAUCACUCAGGACCGAUAUUACACUUUCUCUUCUCUCUUCUCUGUACUUACUGUGCCUUCUGUUGUUCUGUUGGUCUGUCCUACCUGACUGUAAUUCUCUGUGUGUGUUGGGGUGGUAGCUGAGGUCCAGAGUGAGAUUGAGAGGAUCUUUGAGCUGGCUAAGACCCUGCAGCUUGUAGUUCUGGAUGCAGACACCAUCAACCACCCAACACAGCUCCUCAAAACAUCCCUGGCUCCUAUCAUCGUUUAUGUUAAGGUGUCCUCUCCAAAGGUAAGGACUGAUCCACUACCAGCACACUGUCAGUCAGUUAGUCAGCAAGACAGCCAGUCAGCCAGUCUGCCAGCCAGCCAGCUAGUCAGCUAGCCAGUCAGCCAGUCUGCCAGCCAGCCAGCUAGUCAGCUAGCCAGUCAGCCAGUCUGCCAGACAGUCAGUCAGCCAGUUAGCCAGCCAGCCAGCCAGCCAGCCAGCUAGUCAGCUAGUCAGUCAACCAGUCUGCCAGACAGUCAGUCAGCCAGUUAGCCAGCCAGCCAGCUAGUCAGCCAGCCAGCUAGAUAGCCUGACAGUCUGCCAGCCAGUCAGCCAGCCAGUCAGUUAAUCAUUUUUUCCCUUCUCCCAGGUUCUUCAGAGGCUCAUCAAAUCUCGAGGGAAAUCUCAAAGUAAACACCUCAAUGUACAGAUGAUGGCAGGAGACAAACUAGCACAGUGUCCACCCGUAUGUAAUGAAAAUAAUACUUAUAUAUUUAUUUCCAUUGUACAACAAUCACAAAGUGUACGUUACUCUGUCUAUCCACUCUAAUGGAAUACGUACACUCACCAGUUAGGGGUGUUAGUAGUAUUCCCUUGACGUUUACCGUUUAGAUAUAGUGUUAAUUUGAGUUGCCAUCUAUCUCAUCUCUCAGGAGAUGUUUGAUGUGAUCCUGGAUGAAAACCAGCUGGAGGAUGCAUGUGAACACCUGGCAGAGUACCUGGACAUCUACUGGCGUGCCACUCACCUGCCCUGCUCCACCCCCCUCAACCCCCUAUUGGACCAGAGCGUGGUCACCCCGCCCUCUGCUAACUCCAGCCAACAGGUGAGCUCCUCUCGGCAUGGUGUGUGAUGACCAAUAGGUUCCAUGCAUGUCUUUUUUGCAAUUGUGCUGUGCAUCUUAUUAAUGCGGUUCCUGAGAUGCUCAAUGGUGCAGCGCGACUGUAAAAACAAUAUGACUUUGAAUGCCGCCAAAUAAUCUGGCCCUGGAUCUGUGGUCAUUCUGCUGCUUGCUAUUCUCUCAUUCAUCCUUGUCUUUCUGUGUUUUCAGUUCUCAGAGACUCAAGAGUUAAUAGAAUGAUCACUACCUAGCUACCACAGACACGGACCUGGGUGAGUAGGACCCUCCAGUCACUAACCCUCCCUACACUCUUCGAAAAAAAGCUGCUAUCUUCAACCUAAAAGGGUUCUUCGGCUGUCCCCAUAGGAAAACCCUUUGAAUAACCCUUUUUGGUUCCAGGUAGAACUCUUUUGGGUUCCAUGUAGAACCCUUUCCACAGAGGGUUCUACAUGGAAUCCAAAAGGGUUCUACCUGGAACCAAAAAGUGUUAUACUUGGAACCAAAAAGGGUUCUCCUAUGGAGACAGCCGAAGAACCCUUUUGGAACCUUUUUUUCAAAGAGUGUACAAUUUUCUUUAUUCUAUUCUACUCUAUUUUAUUCUGUUUUAUUCUAUAAGGAGCAGCCACUGCUGUGGUUCAGAGGUAAGGGGUCAGAAGUCCGAGGUCACCGGGGUGUCACGGGGGGACCAGGGGUCGGCAGCUUUCCUUCCUUCUGGAUAGGCACCAUCUCCACAGGCCUGCCCCUCUCUAUCCUGGAGAGGUGGAAGGAGGAUGAUGACAGGGGGACAGGGCAGCUUGCAUCUAAGAGAGACAGCGGAGAAGGAGUUUGAGGAGCAGUAAGAGGAGCAUGACAAGGAGGAAGAAGAAGAGGAGAACACCCCCCCGAUAAAGACGGACCCCCACCUCCACGCUGCCCCCUGCUGGAGAGUCCUCCCAGAGGCUCCUGACUGCUCCCACAGCCACAUGAUGCUUCUCAGGGCCACGCACUGCAACAGCACGCAACGGGAACACAAACCAGCGCAGCGACCAGACCAAACCCAGACCAAACCCUCUCACCCCUUACAUCCCCAAAACUCACUCUUCGCCCCGAGCCUAACCCUCCCCGCUAUUAGCACUCAAAACAACUUAGCGAUACAACCCAAACAGUUAUGUACAACCCAAACUUUUACCACUGAACCAGCCCAUGUGUUUCCGCUAAGGGCAGGCCUUUCCAGACACAGAUGGGUUGGUCCAGCUCUGGUCUGGUCUUAGACAGUUCACAAGCUGAAACAACAAGUGUAAUCUAAUGCUUAAUAAUGCUUAGACUGUUGCAUAGCGUGGCAUACGUCUCUCCCAAAAUCACUGUCCAAUCUGAAUUUAUGAAUGUGCGUACAGUACAGUACAGUAGCCCCCCACAAUCAACAACUACUCUCUUUAAAGCUCUAAGGUUUCUUAAGCUUUCUAAAGAUGUACUGAGGAACAUGGCAAUGAAAGACACUGACAUAUCUCCCAUAUUGCAGACCAUUUCUGUAUGUCUUCCGCCACCGCAAAUGUCUGUGAGUCGCGAUUUAAAGAUUUGACCAAAUGAUUUGCUGUAAUUAGGGCACACUGGGCAGUAGCAGAGUACACCACUGUUUUCAGACGUGUUCAGGAACCUGGUCAGUACCGUAUGUAAUGACCUUACCGUUCUCCUUCUUUAUUGCUUGCUUUCUCUUGCUUGAUAGCUUGUUUUUUUCCUGGCCUGUUUUGUAUUGUGUUCCCGUAACAGACUGGUAUUUGUAGGCCUUAUAUAGUGACACAGAGGAAUAAAGCAUGCAUGAAUCAAAGCACAUCAAAGCACAUUAUCAAAGCACAGACUUGCACAUUGCCAUCUACAACUCUUGUGUAUCUUUAUCAUGUUUCAACAGAAUGUAUCAACAGAAGGUCAGAGUAGCUUGUCAUUAAAUCCACCAAUCAGAUCGCAGGCAGGGACCCAGAUAGGAGGAGUCAGACCACACACAGGUUUGCUUGUUAUUUUUAUUUAUUUUUAUGACCAAAAACAUCAUCAGUACUUGAGGAGAUACAUUAACCAUUUGUAAAUUCCAAACAUUUAGUCAACACAGAAAAACCCUCUCCAAAACCAAUUCCAGUUUCUCCUGAAUGUAUUCUUGCAUGCCUUAUCACUGUACAGUCCACAUUAUAGGACUUUACUGUACCUUUCCUCCCACUGUUCAACUUGUCAGGAUCCAACCUGCUCUGUCUCCUCAGACACUACAUAUAUAUAUAUAUAUAUAUAUAUAUAUAUAUAUAUAUAUAUAUAUAUAUAUAUAAGCAGUUGAUUAGCACUUCUGAUAACAAGUUCCGUUUAUGUUCUGAUAACAAGUUCAGUUUAAGUUCUGAUAAAAAAAAAGUUAAGUUCAAGUCCCAGUGCUUCAAUGAUGACUAGCCUAUAAAGCCUAUGCUUCCACAAUAAUUCAGUUCUCAUGAAUUAUGACGUAAAUCUACCUAUUCACCUAUUCCACUGUUAUCAAAACUUGUCCAUAACACUUCCUGUUUUUCUUUUGUUGGGAGCGAGGGACCUCUAGUGUUGGGCUUGUGUCAUGACACCUGAAGUGACAUGUUACUGAAUGUCAUCCAAUGUAAAACCAUCGCCAAAUGUCAACUCAUGUAUCUGAAUAAAAGAGGUCUAUUCACUAGUGAUAGCGCUCUGCUUGAGGACAAGGAUAAUGAUGAUAUGUUACCAAUAUGUAGAUCAAAAACUAUUUUUAUAAGCUUCCAACCCUUACAGGAGCUACAUGUAAAUGUUUCACAUUGUAGUAAUGCAUACCUGAAGCUUUCCCGAGCAAACAAGACCUUAAAGCACAGAGCAGGGUGCAUCUCACUAUAGAAAAACACUCACAUGCCAUUAAUUGAUAAUUAUUGCUAUAGCAUUACAAAACUGUAUAUGAAUUACAUGAAUUACUACCACAGUUAUUUAAUCAAAUGUAUGUGCAUGACAUAUCAUAUUUAGUAGAAGGACAUAUUUAUUUUACAAGUAGAAGGGCUUUGCAGGAUCAUAGUCAGUCACUCAAGCUUUUCACAUCUCAUUCUGAAGAGAAAAUGAACUGAUGACUUGGUUAGCCAAUUAAUUACAUGAUGUAUGCACUGUAUCAUCACUUACUUGUAUUGUAUAAUUCAUAUUCAUUCUCAGUUCUUCCUCAGUAAUAACAAGGUGCACGAAAUCUAUAAAUAUUGACAGAAAAUCAUCUGGAAAAUGUACUGUAGGUCUACUUGAUCAUGUCUUCAAAGUCUCAUAAGCAUGUAUUUAUACAUAAAUUGUGUAUUUUCUCCCUUAUUAGUAUGAAACGUGGAAUGUGUCCAAAAUGGCACCCUUUUCCCUAUAUAGUGCACUACUUUUGGCCCUGGUCAAAUGUAGUACAGUAUAUAGGGAAUAAGAUGCCGUUUCGGAUGCAAUCACAGUAAUUAUUUGGAAACAUUUUGAGUUGCUUCUAUUGAUUGGCCCCUAACCUAACAUGUUGCAAUUUUGAGAGAUUGUUGAAGGCUGGAUUAUACUUGGUCUAAGGAUAUGUCUGUAGACCACUAGAUGGCAACCUCAGACAGUCAGUCGUUAGACCUACUGUAAAGCAACCCUGAGACUUGAGAACUACAAAACAUACACACCAACCAAGCACAAUUUCAUCACUGAAACACAACAAUCAGAAUCAAUCCCACUUGGAGAUAUUACAUUUUUCUUGCAGGUAAUUUAUAUAAUAAAAUACAAGUGAAAUUGAUGGAUAUCCAAAGCAUAUUUUUUCUCUCACAAUUAUCAUUUUCUGUUGUUUUACUUUUUAGAAAUACCUAAAUUCUGUAUGCAAUACAAAGUCUACUUGCAUUGACAAGACAGUAGCUGAGACUAUCAAGACUCCUCUUCGGUUUAAGACGGGGUACAAAUUGCACUAUAUUCAUGUCUGCUUUAUAUUUAUAAUGCAAUAAAUGCACUAAAUGUAACUCUGCUGUACCCACCACCUCCAACACUGAGUAUGAAGUCAUGUCUUCAGAAAAGUCAACAAAUGAAAUGUCCUACCUCUGUACCUUAUUAUGUACUGAAUGCAUCUGUUUGCAAUAGCACAUUAUAAAAAAUAAGAAACUAAAUAAAUAUUUAUUGAUGUUUACAAUUGGUCUGGUUAUUUUAUUUCUGAAAAGAACAAGUAUUGAACAGUAGUUGCAAACAACAACCGUGUGCUACCAGCAGGUGGCGGUGUUGACCUAGUAAGUAUGACUAGGCUAAUACAUUUGGCUAGGAUUGAAUGUAACAUUCUGUAGCUGCAGCAGAUUUCUUGCUCUCUCUCUUUCUCUCACUCUCUCGCUCGCUCUCUCUCUCUCUGCCAUCCUCUCUCUAGUUGUAUGCCUGAUGGUACGGCAACAGCACCGUCCGCAACCGCAGGGCUCUCCAGAGGGGGGUGAGAUCUGCCCAACGCAUCACCGGGGGCACACCAGUGCCUGCCCUCCAGGACAUCUACAGCACCCGGUGUCACAGGAAGGCCAAGAAGAUCAUCAAGGACCUCAGCCACCUGAGCCACGGCCUGUUCACCCCGCUAUCAUCCAGAAGGUGAGGUCAGUACAGGUGCAUCCAAGCUGGGACCGAGAGACUGAAAAACAGAUAUCUCAAGGCCAUCAGACUGUUAAAUAACCAUCGCUAGCUGGCCUCCAACCAAUAAUAUGCCAUUUAGCAGACACUUUUAUCCAAAGCGACUUACAGUCGUGUGUGCAUACAUUUUUACGUAUGGGUGGUCCCAGGGAUCGAACCCACUACCCUGGCGUUACAAGCGCCAUGCUCUACCAAUUGAGCUACAGAGGACCACAAGUUCGGUACCCUGACCUGAACUUAGUCACUGUCACUAGCCGGCUACCACCUGGUUACUCAACCCUGCACCUUAGAGGCUGCUGCCCUAAGGUGAAUAAUAGACAAAGAACACUGGUCACUUUAAUAAUGGAACACUUGUCACUUUAAUAAUGUUUACAUACUGUUUUACCCAUUUCAUAUGUAUAUACUGUAUUGCAGUCAAGGCCAUGCUAUUCAGCUAUUGCUGUACAUAUACUAUUCUAUCCACGUAUUCUUCAGAUAUACUAUCCACAUACUGUCCAUAAUGUCUAUUAAUCACAAAUGUGGACACACCUACUCUUUCAAGGCUUUUCUUUAUUUUUAGUAUUUUCUACAUUGUAGAAUAAUAGUGAAGACAUCAAAACGAUGAAAUAACACAUAUGGAAUCAUGUAGUAACCAAAAAAGUGUUAAACAAAUCAAAAUAUAUUUUAUAUGUGAGAUUCUUCAAAUAGCCAUCCUUUGCCUUGAUGACAGCUUUGCACACUCUUGGCAUUCUCUCAACCAGCUUCAUGAGCUAGUCACCUGGAAUGUAUUUCAAUUAAAAGGUGUGCCUUCUUAAAAGUUAAUUUGUGGAAUUUCUUUCCUUCUUAAUGUGUUUGUGCCAAUCAGUUGUGUUGUGACAAGGUAGGGGGGGUAUACAGAAUAUAGCCCUAUUUGGUAAAAGACCAAGUCCAUAUUAUGGCAAUAACAGCUCAAAUAAGCAAAGAGAAACAACAGUCCAUCAUUACUUUAAGACAUGAAGGUCAGUCAAUACGGAACAUUUCAAGAACUUUGAAAGUUUCUUCAAGUGCAGUCGCAAAAACCAUCAAGCGCUAUGAUGAAACUGGCUCUCAUGAGGACCACAACAGGAAUGGAAGACCCAGAGUUACCUCUGCUGCAGAGGAUAAGUUCAUUAGAGUUACCAGCCUCAGAAAUUGCAGCACAAAUAAAUGCUUCACAGAGUUCAAGUAACAGACACAUCUCAACAUCAACUGUUCAGAGGGGACUGUGUGAAUCAGGCCUUAGACAUUAAACCGGUGGAAAUGUGUCCUUUGGUCUGGAGAUAUCCGGUUCCAACCGCCGUGUCUUUGUAAAACGCUGUGUGAGUGAACGGAUUAUCUCCGCAUGUGUAGUUCCCACCGUAAAGCAUGGAGGAGGAGGUGUUAUGGUGUGAGGGUGCUUUGCUGGUGACACUGUCUGAUUUCUUUAGAAUUCAAGGCACACUUAACCAGCAUGGCUACCACAGUAUUCUACAGCGAUACGCCAUCCCAUCUGGUUUGGGCUUAGUGGGACUAUAAUUUGUUUUUCAACAGGACAAUGACCCAACACACCUCCAGGCUGUGUAAGGGCUAUUUGACCAAGAAGGAGAGUGAUGGAGUGCUGCAUCAGAUGACCUGGCCUCCACAAUCCCCUGACCUCAACCCAAUUGAGAUGGUUUGGGAUGAGUCGAACGGCAGAGUGAAGGAAAAGCAGCCAACAAGUGCUCUGCAUAUGUGGGAACUCCUUCAAGACUGCUGGAAAAGCAUUCCAGGUUAAGCUGGUUGAGAGAAUGCCAAGUGUGUAAAGCUGUCAUCAAGGCAAUGGGUGGCUAUUUGAAGAAUCUCAAAUAUAACAUAUUUUGAUUUGUUUAACACUUUUUUGUUUACUACAUGAUUCCAUAUGUGUUAUUUCAUAGUUUUGAUGUCUUCACUAUUAUUCUACAAUGUAAAAAAUACAUUAUUUUACUUUUAGAUUUGUGUGUAUUGUUAUGUAUUGUUAGAUAUUACUGCACUGUUGGAGCUAGGAACACAAGCAUUUUGCUACAUACGCAAUAACAUCUGCUAAAUAUGUGUAUGCGACCAAUAAAAUUUGAUUUGAUAUGAUUUGAUGCUGUGGUACAUGUAUCCAUAGAGAUGAAUGUAUCUCUAUGCAUGUCUCUCCCUGUCUUGUGCUGUGCUGUGCUGUGCUGUAUGCCAGGCUUUGGUCAGGGAGGUCCAUCUCUCUCUCUUGUCUCUCUCUCCAUCUGAUACUGUGGCCACGUUCUCUCCCUGUCUCUCCGUCUGUAUCCUGUAUGCCAGCCAGCAGGGUAAAGGGUUUGGUCAGGGAGGUCCAGCUGGCCCUCAAUAACAGGGCUAUGUGACAUCAGAGAGAUUUAGAAAUGUACGUUAAUUCAGUGUCUUUGGCUUAGUAAGGGUUGUCAGUGGCAGUGGUUAUGUGACCUGCUGGCAGUGGGACUGGGAUAGAUUACUGUUGCGUCCCAAAUGGCACCCUAUCCUCUACAUAUUGCAUUGCUUUUCACCCUGAUCAAAUGUUGUGCACUGUAUAGGGAAUAGGUGGCAAUUUGGGACUGGAACAUACAGUACUUAGAGAGAGAGAGAGAGAGAUCCCUUUCAUACACAGACCAAAAUCCCACUAAUUUACCAUACCUGCUUUUUUUAUACCAGCCUUUUUGUAUAUCUGAAAGGGGUAGUGGGUGAAAAACAUGGCAAAUUAAAAGCCAUCUAAAGACCUACUCACUACACAGACCCUGUAACCAAAAUACAGGAAUCGAGUCUGUGUGAAUGAUUCUCUGCUUUUUUGCAGGUAAAUUCAUUAACACUUCCAUUGUUUAACACCUCCCAAAUGUUUAAUGCAAACAGCCCCCAUUGUUUAACAACACCCCCCACCCUUCCAAUUUGCCAGUUAUCCCCUGAUAUGUGUAAAAGGGGUAUGUAUACCUGCACAUAAGCAGUAAAUAAGGGGCUAUUUGAAGGGUGAUAGAAAUAUUUACAGGUAAUAUACCACAUCUUCUGUCUGAAAUGGGUAAAAGAGACACUGGUGGAGCUCUCCCGCCCUCCCUUAUCGAAAGGCUCAUUUCUACUUUCUCUAUUUCUACCAUCUGUCGUCGUUUUUCUUCCUUGGGCAUCAUGGCACCAUCUCUCUCUGACAGAGUUAUUGAACAUCAGUACACUCCUUCACUCACUCAUCACUCACUGGGACAGGCAGGCAAACCACUUAGAAGAAUAGAAGAAGAAUACUUCAAUACUCUUCCUGAAUAGACUCAGAUUUCCUCAUGCAUAGGCUACUUUAUGAAUAUGAAGAUGGUCACUUAGUUGCAUAUUUGUGUCGAAAACAUCAAUCACUGUGAAUUUCUUGAAUUUAAUGAAUUUCAUAUCUGCAGGAGGACUCUAGAUCUAUCAUACAGCUAGAUCUAUCAUACAACUUUCAUGUGGGUCCCUCAGAUGAUCAAAACCUUCUGAGGGUGUGUAUCCCUUUCCUGCAGUCAAUGACCAAAAGCGCCCUCUUUGGCCUCAUGGGUGGAAUGUUAUUAAUAUUUUUCAUAAUUCUAUAAUUAAUAAAAACUUUUUUUUGUGAUGAAAAUUUUGUGUUUCUAUGUCAAACAGUUUUGUUAUAUUUUAGUCUUCUGUGAUGAAUAUAAAGUGUAAUAUUGGGAUGCAAACAAAAAAUGUAAUACAUUUCAACUCUAUAUCUGACAUGGUACAGGUGUUUUCUAUUUUUUAAGCCCACAACCGUGUGUGAGGUGUAUACUUUUGUUUCAAAGUAGAUUUGUUUAAGACUACCAAGAAUCACUCCGUGUGACCCUGAUUUAGCCCAUUGCAAUAAAAAGUGAAAACGUUAAAAGGUUUAGGUACCUUUGAAGGCUGCUGAGUUUAGGUUGCAAAUACUGCAGCAACACUGUUCAGAGUCUCUGGGGUUACAAGGUGUCAUCUCUCUGCCCUCCCAACAGUCACAAUUCAUCUCCCUUUGUGUCGGCCAUGUUGGGAAGUGUCACUUUAAGCCUCCUGAUUAUUCACAGCCACCUGUCCUUCCACUGUCUCGCUGUGUCCUCUGGAGUCAUGCAUAAUAUGGUCCUCUGUGGCUCAGUUGGUAGAGCAUGGCGCUUGCGAUGCCAGCAUAGUGGGUCCCGGGACCACCCAUAUGUGAAAUGUAUGCAUUCAUGACUGUAAGUCGCUUUGGAUAAAAGUGUCUGCGAAAUUGCAUGUAUUUGAGUUUAAACUACAUAAGAUCAUAUUAGCCUGCUAAGGUAAGUGGUCUCAAACAAAUGUCCACUUAUUGUAAUGGGUUCUUUGCAUGUUAGUGGUGAGGUUAUAGCAGCUCAGUGCCCAGUACUCCCCGUCAGUCCUCUGUUCCCUCUCAUCUCUCUGUAACAUAAUGUGAGCUGAUUUACUCAUUUCUUCACUAGGCUGCUUACUUAAGAGCAGAAAAGGAAGUUGUGUGUCUUUGUCUAUGUCUGUGUUCAUACCUGUGCAUACACACAAGCCUUAAGUGUGGGUGUGUGCGCGCGCACGUGUGUGUUUGUGUAUGUGAAUCUGUCCAAGCUGUUUCUCACAUUCUGUGCUGUGAUUCAUAGCCGACGCUACAUGGCUUUUUGUCUGCCUGAUUUAGCAGAACAGACCGUCUUAUUUUCUUAGUAAUGCUACUGACAGAUGUACCAACUUACUUCACCAACAGGGCACACACACACAGAGCAGAGCUACAGUGCUGCUGGCAGCAACCAUUGGGUCUUGGCUCAGACCUCCACAAGACAGAUUGGAAGCUCUCCUCAAGCUGUUCUUCCUUUACAACAACAGCUAGCAUCUCCACAUUGGGAGAAUAGCAGCACUAUAUCAGUCUUUCCUCUCGCUCUCUCGCUCUCUCUCUCUUUCUCUCUUAGGGGUUAGGUUUAUGAUUAGAAUUAGGGUUAGGUGUUUGGGGUUAGGGAAAAUAAGAUUUUGAAUGGGAAUCAAUUGUUUGUUCCCACAAGGAUAGUAAAACAAACGUGUGAGUGUGUGUGUUUGUGUGUGUGUGUUCAUGUGAGAGAGGGAGAGAGGGAGAGAGAGAGAGAGAGACUACUGUUCAGUGUAGACCUACAAUAAUGAUGCUGAAUAUCAGAUGCUUUAGAAACUAUUCAGGGAUAUUGCUGUAGUUAAAGGAGAUUUUUAAAGUACCAUGUUGUGGGUUUACCCAUUCAUCCACGUCGUGAGUGUUCUCAAUGUCCGCCCCGUCUCAAUACAAAAGCCCUUUGUCUGUCUGUCUGUCUGUCUGUCCGUCCCUCUCCUCUGUGAAGCUGAGACUUUAGCUUCACGAUUCUCACGACAUUUAAUUUUUCACUGCUGCUGUCAUGGAAACAAAAUAUGGUUUUCUAUAAUUUACACCACGGGAAAAAUGCAACACAUGAUUACAAAUGUGAUUAGGCGCAGGAACUUUUCAUGGUUUUUAACUCCUCAGACACAGUUUUCAUAGAAUAGUCUCUCAUACGAAGUAUAACAAUUCUUUCUUACUAUUUUUAAUGCAAGAUCUCUGGUUGGUAAUCCAAUGUAUUUAUUGCAUAUGGCAAAGAAAGGUGAAUUUACAGUGCAUUCGGAAAGUAUUCAGACCUCUUGACUUUUUCCACAUUUUGUUACGUUACAGCCCUAUUCUGAAAUGGAUUAAAGUUUUUUCCCCUCAUCAAUCUACACCCAAUACCCCAUAAUGACAAAGCAAAAACAGUUUUUUAGAAUUUUUUUCAAAUGUAUAAAACAUUUAAAACUGAAAUAUCACAUUUACAUAAGUAUUCAGACCCUUUACCCAGUACCUUGUUGAAGCACCUUUGGCAGCGAUUACAGCCUAGAGACUUAUUGGGUAUUACGCUACAAGCUUGGCACACCUGUAUUUGGGGAGUUUCUCCCAUUCUUCUCUGCAGAUCCUCUCAAGCUCUGUCAGGUUGGAUGGGGAGCGUCGCUGCACAGCUAUUUUCAGGUCUCUCCAGAGAUGUUUGAUCAGGUUCAAGUCCGGGCUCUGGCUGGGCCACUCAAGGACAUUCACAGCCACUCCUGCAUUGUCUUGGCUGUGUGCUUAGGGUCGUUGUCCUGUUGGAAGGUGAACUUCACCCCAGUCUGAGGUCCUGAGCGCUCUGGAGCAGGUUUUCAUCAAGGAUCUCUCAAGUCCUGUGUAGCUCAGUUAGUAGAGCAUGGCACUUGCAAUGCCAGGGUUGUGGGUUCGUUUCCCAUGGGGGGCCAGUAUGAAAAAUAAAAAAUGUAUGUACUCACUAACUGUAAGUCGCUCUGGAUAAGAGUGUCUGCUAAAUGACUAAAAUGUAAAACAUUUACUUAGCUCCUUUCAUCUUUCCCUCGAUCCUGACUAGUCUCCCAGUCCCUGCCGCUGAAAAACAUCCCCACAGCAUGAUGCUGCCACCACCAUGCUUCACCGUAGGGAUGGUUCCAGGUUUCCUCCAGAUGUGACGCCUGGCAUUCAGGCCAAAGAGUUCAGUCUUGGUUUCAUCAAACCAGAAAAUCUUGUUUCUCAUGGUCUGAGAGUCCUUUAGUUGCAAGCGGGCUGUCAUGUGCCUUUUACUGAGGAGUAGCUUCUGUCUGGCCACUCUACUAUAAAGGCUUGAUUGGUGGAGUGCUGCAGAGAUGGUUGUCCUUCUGGAAGGUUCUCCCAUCUCCACAGAGGAACUCUGGAGCUUUGUCAGAGUGACCAUCGGGUUCUUGGUCACUUCCCUCACCAAGGCCCUUCUCCCCCAACUGCUCAGUUUGGCCGAGCGGCCAGCACAAGGAAGAGUCUUGGUGGUUCCAAACUUCUUCCAUUUAAGAGUGAUGGAGGUCACUGUGUUCUUGGGGACCUUCAAUGCUGAAGAAAUGUUUUCCCCAGAUCUGCACCUCGACACAAACCUGUCUCGGAGCUCUACAGACAAUUCCUUCGACCUCAUGGCUUGGUUUUUGCUCUGACAUGCAUUGUCAACUGUGGGACCUUAUAUAGACAGGUUUGUGCCUUUCCAAAUCAUGUCUAAUCAAUUGAACUUACCACAGGUGGACUCCAAUCAAGUUGUAGAAACAUCUCAAGGAUGAUCAAUGCAAACAGGAUGCACCUGAGCUCGAUUUCGAGUCUCAUAUAAAAGGGUCUGAAUACUUAUGUAAAUAAGGUAUUUCAGUUUUUUAUUUUUUAUACAUUUACAAAAAUGUCAAAAAAACAUGUUUUCGCUUAGUCAUUAUGGGGUAUUGUGUGUAGAUUGAUGAGGAAACACAUUAAUUUAAUCCAUUUUAGAAUAAGGCUGUAACGUAACAAAAUGUGGAAAAAGUCCAGGGGUCUGAAUACUUUCCGAAUGCACUCUAAUAAUAAAAGAAAAGCUCAAUAGAGAGAUCAGAUAUGUUGUACUGGGGAGCGGUAUCCAAAGGCACCUCAGCCACACGAGAGCCAACCGAAAACCCUAGUUAAAAGGCAGCAUGUAUUGUCCUGUGUGAAUAUAACAGUGUGUCCUGUCCCUCCCUCCAUUCAGUCAAACCUGACCUCAGGUUUUCCAUAUCACAUAUGACAUCUAGAACUCAACUGUAAUGUUUUUAAUUUCACUUGGUUUGGCUAGAUGGUGAUUUGAUCCAUCUCUUUGAAAGAUCAACACGGCAUUGAUUGGAAGUCUUAGGACAAAAGGAGGACUGGCACACGUGACUGACACUCAGUUAACCUGACUCAUACCCUUACAAAGGGGUGUCUUACAGUACGUUAUUUGACUGGGCACCAUGGAAAAUCAUGGGCUUAGAAUUCUACCUGUGUAUUUUUACAAUGAAAAAGUUGUUUUCUAGCUGAUCACUGGCAUUUGUAUCAUUGCCUACUUGAACACUCUUGUGAACAAACAAACAUUUUCGUAAUUAGGAAGGGAAGAUAUUUGAAUACCAUGAACACAACUGUUAGAUGAUUUCAGGCAGAAAUGCUCUCCUAUUGACGUCACAGUUCCAUAUUAAAACAAAAAGUACAGGAUCAGGAAAAUAAAUGCAGAUUUAUCAACUGGCUUCCUCCAAACAAUCAAAGACCCGACUUACGAAGAGAGAGAGAGAAGGAAGCUCUGAAGUAAUCUUACAUACAGUUGAAGUCGGAAGUUUACAUACACUUAGGUUGGAGUCAUUAAAACUCGUUUUUCAACCACUCCACAACUUUCUUGUUAACAAACUAUAGUUUUGGCAUGUCGGUUAGGACAUCUACUUUGUGCAUGACACAAGUAAUUUUUCCAACAAUUGUUUACAGACAGAUUAUUUCACUUAUAAUUCACUGUAUCACAAUUCCAGUGGGUCAGAAGUUUACAUACACUAAGUUGACUGUGCCUUUAAACAGCUUGGAAAAUUCCAGAAAAUGAUGUCAUGGCUUUAGAAGCUUCUGAUAGGCUAAUUGACAUCAAAUCAAUCCCAGAACAACAGCAAAGGACCUUGUGAAGAUGCUGGAGAAAACAGGUACAAAAGUAUCUAUAUCCACAGUAAAACGAGUCCUAUAUCGACAUAACCUAAAAGGCAGCUCAGCAAGGAAGAAGAUACUGCUCCAAAACCACCAUAAAAAAGCCAGACUACGGUUUGCAACUGCACAUGGGGACAAAGAUCGUACUUUUUGGAGAAAUGUCCUCUGGUCUGAUGAAACAAUAAUAGAACUGUUUGGCCAUAAUGACCAUCGUUAUGUUUGGAGGAAAAAGGGGGUUGCUUGCAAGCUGAAGAACACCAUCCCAACCGUGAAGCACGGGGGUGGCAGCAUCAUGCUGUGGGGGUGCUUUGCUGCAGGAGGGACUGGUGCACUUCACAAAAUAGAUGGCAUCAUGAGGAAGGAAAAUUAUGUGGAUAUAUUGAAGCAACAUCUCAAGACAUCAGUCAGGAAGUUAAAGCUUGGUCGCAAAUGGGUCUUCCAAAUGGACAAUGACCCCAAGCAUACUUCCAAAGUUGUGGCAAAAUGGCUUAAGGACAACAAAGUCAAGUAUUGGAGUGGCCAUCACAAAGCCCUGACCUCAAUCCUAUGUGUGGGUAGAACUGAAAAAGCGUGUGCGAGCAAGGAGGCCUACAAACCUGACUCAGUUACACCAGCUCUGUCAGGAGGAAUGGGUCAAAAUUCACCCAACUUAUUGUGGGAAGCUUGUGGAAGGCUACCCGAAAUGUUUGACCCAAGUUAAACAAUUUAAAGACAAUGCUACCAAAUACUAAUUGAGUGUAUGUAAACUUCUGACCCACUGGGAAUGUGAUGAAAGAAAUAAAAGCUGAAAUAAAUCAUUCUCUCUACUAUUAUUCUGACAUUUCACAUUCUUAAAAUAAAGUGGUGAUCCUAACUGACCUAAGACAGGGCAUUUUUACUAGAGUUAAAUGUCAGGAAUUGUGAAAAACUGAGUUUAAAUGUAUUUGGCUAAGGUGUAUGUAAACUUCCGACUUCAACUGUAGGAAUUUCUUCAGAUAGAGCAGCAGACAGUGUUGCAUAGUAACAGGGCUGUAUUUCAGUAUCUUACCUGGGCCCAGCCAGGCAUUGAUUAAAAAACGUCUGCUUUAUCUUCCAACCCCAUUCCUUUUGUUGUGUGGUGAUGCACACAUGCGCACACACGCACACGCACACAAACACACAUCAUUACGCACACGCACCCUGCACAUCUCCACAAACCUAUUUUAUUUAUGACUGCCAUUAGACAUCUGAGAGGUAUUUAGCCUAAUGAGUGAGGAAGGAAGAGGAGGAUGAGAGCGAGAAAGAGAAAACUGUGUGGAGAAACUGGUGAAGUAUUACUUUCCUGUGAGAUAGGAAUAACAACAUCAAAAGAGGAUUACAGUUAUUUGAACUGUUGCCAGCAUACACCACUCUCUCUCAAUAUCCACAACAUCCUUAGCAUUUCAUCUGGAUGCUUUCACCACUGAACUCUGAGCAACAUUGUAAGUCAAAAAUUGGGCCAAACAUGUUGAGGGACAUCAGUGGAAGGAUUAUAGCUACAGAUGUAGGAUCUUAAUUUGAGCCAGUUUUCUACAGCAGGAAAAUAAUCCUGCAGCAACAGGAAAUUGGGUUACUAUGUUGAUUAUAAUUAAUGGACAUUUUUGUAUGGGUUGAUAUUUUUCGUUAGAGCAAAUCGAGUCUAAAAUUUCAAAGUAGAAAUUACAAACUUUAGAAGCCUUUUUAAAACUCAAAUACAGUACAAAUUCUCAACAACAAAAUAGUGAUCAAAUUAAGAACCUACAUCUGUACAUCACAUACUGUACAGUACCUUUCUCAAAUGCCAUGACCUAUUCAACUUGUGCCGACGAAGCCAGGAAGGGGCAAUUAAAUGUCACCUAGUGUGUCCCCAGUCGCUAUACAUGGAGGGUUUGGUGUUGGCAUGGGUUGGCAUGGUCUGUGUUGUCACUCCUCAUUGGCAUUAGGCUACAGGCCAUUACCACCAUGAUUGUGAAUGUCACGUCUAGGCUUGUAUAGUCUUGGAUAAAGUAUCUGGUAGAGCAGGUGAAGUGGGUAUGUCUCCCUAUGAUGUAAAACAGCAAGGAAAUACACGCUUUAGAUACAUACCUGAUGUUGUCAUGACAACAAGCUCAACAUUCACUGGCUGCUUUAUCUCAUAUUGGGGACAGUCCUUCUGUACUUAAUGUGAAUGAACUUCGAAAGUAAGAAAGAUAAAAUGUUAUCUAGAGUCGAAUAUAAUUUAUCUAGAAGUCUAAAGACAGUUUGUUUAUCUUGUUUUUCUUCAGCAUCCUUCUUUCUCUCUUUAUUUCUUUCAUUUUUUUUUUUUAGGGGGUAGAUCAUCUUUAAUAUUGCAGAUAGAUUGUAACUUCCAUCAAUGCAAUUGUCUGCAUCACUUCCAAUCCCCCAUAUGUUUUUUUUCUCGCAAAUAUAUACAGUGGGGAAAAAAAGUAUUUAGUCAGCCACCAAUUGUGCAAGUUCUCCCACUUAAAAAGAUGAGAGAGGCCUGUAAUUUUCAUCAUAGGUACACGUCAACUAUGACAGACAAAAUGAGAAAAUAAAAUCCAGAAAAUCACAUUGUAGGAUUUUUAAUGAAUUUAUUUGCAAAUUAUGGUGGAAAAUAAGUAUUUGUACUUUGUUAUAUACCCUUUGUUGGCAAUGACACAGGUCAAACGUUUUCUGUAAGUCUUCACAAGGUUUUCACACACUGUUGCUGGUAUUUUGGCCCAUUCCUCCAUGCAGAUCUCCUCUAGAGCAGUGAUGUUUUGGGGCUGUCGCUGGGCAACACGGACUUUCAACUCCCUCCAAAGAUUUUCUAUGGGGUUGAGAUCUGGAGACUGGCUAGGCCACUCCAGGACCUUGAAAUGCUUCUUACGAAGCCACUCCUUUGUUGCCCGGGCGGUGUGUUUGGGAUCAUUGUCAUGCUGAAAAACCCAGCCACGUUUCAUCUUCAAUGCCCUUGCUGAUGGAAGGAGGUUUUCACUAAAAAUCUCACGAUACAUGGCCCCAUUCAUUCUUUCCUUUACACAGAUCAGUCGUACUGGUCCCUUUGCAGAAAAACAGCCCCAAAGCAUGAUGUUUCCACCCCCAUGCUUCACAGUAGGUAUGGUGUUCUUUGGAUGCAACUCAGCAUUAUUUGUCCUCCAAACACGACGAGUUGACAUUUUACCAAAAAGUUCUAUUUUGGUUUCAUCUGACCAUAUGACAUUCUCCCAAUCCUCUUCUGGAUCAUCCAAAUGCACUCUAGCAAACUUCAGACGGGCCUGGACAUGUACUGGCUUAAGCGGGGGGACACGUCUGGCACUGCAGGAUUUGAGUCCCUGGCGGCGUAGUGUGUUACUAAUGGUAGGCUUUGUUACUUUGGUCCCAGCUCUCUGCAGGUCAUUCACUAGGUCCCCCCGUGUGGUUCUGGGAUUUUUGCUCACCGUUCUUGUGAUCAUUUUGACCCCACGGGGUGAGAUCUUGCGUGGAGCCCCAGAUCGAGGGAGAUUAUCAGUGGUCUUGUAUGUCUUCCAUUUCCUAAUAAUUGCUCCCACAGUUGAUUUCUUCAAACCAAGCUGCUUACCUAUUGCAGAUUCAGUCUUCCCAGCCUGGUGCAGGUCUACAAUUUUGUUUCUGGUGUCGUUUGACAGCUCUUUGGUCUUGGCCAUAGUGGAGUUUGGAGUGUGACUGUUUGAGGUUGUGGACAGGUGUCUUUUAUACUGAUAACAAGUUCAAUCAGGUGCCAUUAAUACAGGUAACGAGUGGAGGACAGAGGAGCCUCUUAAAGAAGAAGUUACAGGUCUGUGAGAGCCAGAAAUCUGGCUUGUUUGUAGGUGACCAAAUCCUUAUUUUCCACCAUAAUUUGCAAAUAAAUUCAUAAAAAAUCCUACAAUGUGAUUUUCUGGAGAAAAAAAAUCUCAAUUUGUCUGUCAUAGUUGACGUGUACCUAUGAUGAAAAUUACAGGCCUCUCUCAUCUUUUUAAGUGGGAGAACUUGCACAAUUGGUGGCUGACUAAAUACUUUUUUCCCCCACUGUAUAUACAUACAUAUAUACAUAUACACAUACAUACACAUAUAUAUACAUACAUACACACAUACACAUACAUACACAUAUAUAUACAUACAUACAUACACACACACAAAUCAUUUUUUAAAUUAUAUUUCCCUUCAUUACUUUCCAACCCCACCACCCCUUCCCCAAUUGGAGUAAACUAGUGAACAACAGCUCUUAGGCCUCUACUUCCAGCCCAUACACAUACUAUAUACAUUUUAUGGACACAGUCAAUUUCUACAAUAAUUAUAUUUUGUUUGUUUUUACUCCUGAACUUCCUCCGAUCAUUUUCAUGAUGUCCAUCUGGUUUGCUUCUAUAUGCCAUAUUUUUCUAACUGUGCUCUUUCACAAAAGCUCUCAACCUAUUCUUUCCUUCCUUCCUUCCUUCCUUCCUUCCUUCCUUCCUUCCUUCCUUCCUUCCUUCCUUCCUUCCUUCCUUCCUUCCUUCCUUCCUUCCUUCCUUCCUUCCUUCCUUCCUUCCUUCCUUCCUUCCUUCCUUCCUUCCUUCCGUCCGUCCUUCCUUCCUUCCUGUAAGACCUAGAACUAGGCUGUGGCCAGUGAGACCUGAUCCCACAAUGCCCCUCUCUUCUCUUUUUACAUAACCAAACAACAUCCACAUCACCGUAUGUUCCUGUCCACUUUUGAGUACAUUCUAAGAACAUCCAUUCCUUCCAGACUGUGGAUGUAUUCUAAGUGCUACUCUGAACAGCUCCCUUGUCACUCCUCAAUAGCAGGACAACCAUGAUCCACCAGUAUCUAUUUUAGGCCUCUUUCUAGUGAAACCAAACACUAAGCUCCAGACUUCAGACCAUACCCUCCCUGUCCAGAUGUUAUACCCCCCCCCCCCCCCAUGGUAGAUACCUCCUCCUGAUCACUGCUCACUUUGCAGUGUAUAGAUGCAUUCCACUUCAAGAGGCAGGAAGCUAAACACACAUCUCACGCUCCCCCAUCCAACUAAGGCACAUGCUCCGGCCUGUAGCCAUGGUUUCCUAUAGGGGAGUCAGCCGAGUGACGGGAACAAAGGCAGGUGCCUGCAGUGUCCUGCUUCCCCCUUUGUCUCCCUCCCACUCUCUCUUUUUCUCCCCUCCCCUCUCUGCACCGCCCUUGGGGCCUUAUACACACACAUACAUUAGAUUGAUUACUAAUGGUGACGUGUGAUCUCUCCAGAUCACAUUUAUAACGUUGUCUGUGCCUCGACGAGAGGCUUUUAAAAUAAUAAAGCUAAUUGUGUUCUGAAUCCUUGUUCAUAGACAAAUGGUGGAAAUAUAUUCCUCAUCUAGGCCUUUUCAAGUGGUGACAUAAAAUUUUGAUAAUGCUUUAGUGGAGUAGCAAUCAUAACAAUCUGUCUGUAUGUGCCAAUGAACAUAAUAAGGGGUGGGAGGGCAGCGAGACACAGACAGUAGCUAGACACAAUACAACACACACACACAAUACAGACUAAUAAUCAGCGCUACAGUAUGUAAUCAGCUGACCUAAUUUAGCAUAUUAAUCAGCACAGCAGCACCAAGGAGUAGGAAGGACAGAGAGAGCAGCGGCUAGCUAGUUGCUAGUCUCUCCAUUAGUGCAGUUCAGAGGAGGCUUGGCAAGAGUGUAACACACCCACGCACACACACACACACACACUAACGGCUGAGGGGUCUGUGCUGGAGGCUUCCUUGUUGUUUGGCUUGUGCAGGCACAUGACAUGGAUGGGAGCCAAAUCCACAGGGCGAGAGCCUGUGUGUGUGUGUGUGUGUGUGUGUGUGUGUGUGUUCAGACUCUGUCACAUUAUACACAUCAGAUGCCUCGGCCUUUGUGUGCUGUUGCCUGGUGAUCACAAAUAG